AUGGGUUUAGGAGGAAGCAAGGAAAGUAAUGCCACGGAAGCAACCAAUAAUAUUGAUGAAUCUUCAUCAUCCUUGAACGGUAAAUCAUCACAAACACCAGAUAGAAGAAAGAGUAAAACCGCCACGCCAUCUUCAUCUUCAUCAUCUUCAACAAAGAGAAAACAUGAAGAAAUUUCUAAGCCUAAUAGACCAAGCACUUCUAGAGUAUCCCAAACAUCAUCAUCUUUAUCAUCGGCUGUUUCUGGUGCUUCUGCAGUAGUAUCAACAGAUUUUGCUUCCACAUCACCUAGUGCAAAGAAAGUUAAAAGAGAAUCUAAUGUAGCAACUGUUAUUGGUAAUCAAGUUCUUGAAAAACCAGAAUUAACAACAUCACAAUCACCAGAAAUUGUGAUCACAUUUAGUGGUUUUAAAAAUUCAUCUGAUAGAUUUAGUAAAACAUUGAAAAAGGAAUUGACACAAAUUGCAACAUCACUUGGAGUUAAAAUUGCUGGAGAACAAGCUGCAGAUAUUGAUGGAAAAUGUUCAUUGGAAGAAGAAGAAAAAUAUGGUGUUCAAAGAUUGGAUAAACCACUUAAAGGAAGGAAUGUUUAUUUGGCUGAAUCAUUUAUUGCAACUAAUGAUUCAUCAAGUCUUACAUUUAAACAUUGUCAUCUUCUUGUUGGAUAUGGAGAUGGAAAGAUUACAAAUAGUAUGGAUGAUGCUGAUUUCUGUAUAGUUGGAUCUGCUCUAGAGGAAAGUGAAGAAGCUUUAAACAAAGUUCAAGAAGAAAAGGAAAAGAUUGUUCAAGAUUAUCCAUUUUUACUUGCUUUUGAAUGGGCUGAAUUUGUUGAUCUAAUUUAUCCUUUCUAUUUGGAACAAGCUUUAAGAAAGAUUGAAAAGUAA